AUGGCGCCUACACGCAAUGGUGAUCAUUAUAGACUCGAUAGAUCACCUCCGAGCCUUGAAACUAGGACUAUCGACAAUGCCAUCCAUCCCUUUGGUGGACCCAAGGACAUCGAUACUGCCUCCUCGAGCCUGCCCACGUUCGACGUCAGCCCUGCCAUCCAAGGCCACCUGAAGAAGCGCACAUUCGACGAAAUGAGAUCCUUCCGCUUCUCGAUAUCACAGUCUUCCUCCGUCACGCGUGAGAAACUAGGCGCAUUUCUCGAUUCUGUGCAGGGCGAAACCGAUGCCUGGGAAUUACUACCCAACGACAAGGAAAGGUACACAUGGCCCGAGUUCUUCGAGUUUUGGUGGAAAACAUAUGGUUUGGAAGCCACUCGACCGUUGGAAUCGGAUUACAAGGAUCUCGACCAGCCGUUACCAAACUAUUUCAUCAACAGCAGCCACAACACAUUUCUGAUUGGGAACCAGCUCGCCUCAAAGGUCGACCAAAAAGCGUACAAAACAGUCCUCCGCAGAGGUUGCAGAUGCAUUGAAAUCGAUGUUUGGAAUGGAGACGCUCUCUCCACGACGUCUCAAGAGGACAGCAGGCCAUCGACUCCUAGCAAAGCCCGCCUGCCAUUUCCAAAAGAUGAACCCAUAGUUACACUCGGCUGGAUCUCGGCAACUCCCUGUGGGUUCAGGGAAGUCUGCAAGGUUAUCGGCGAGUAUGCUUUCGAGGUAAAUGACUUACCAGUUAUUGUCAGCCUCGAAGUCCAUGCCAGUGUUGAGCAGCAGAAUGUGAUGGUCAGGAUUAUGAAAGAAGAAUGGGGUGAGAUGCUCCUUGACAAGGCUUUUGAAGGCAUCGAUCCAAGCUUCCGUCUUCCCACCCUUAGGGACAUGAAGAGGAAGAUCAUGAUCAAGGUGAAGAAAGCAUCCACACUUCACCCUGGAGAAGAAGACAGCAGCAGACCGCCAGCAACCUAUAAACCCGACAUUGCUACAGCCCUAAGCGACCUGGGAAUCUACACUUUUAGUACGCGCUUUAAGAGUUUCGAGAUGCCUGCUGCUAAGGAGCCGGGACAUAUUUUUCCAAUGGUUGAGCAUCGCUUUUUAGCGCUUCACGCAACUAAGCCCCGUGAGAUAUUCUCUCACAACAAGCACUACUUUAUGCGCGUUUUCCCCAACGUCACCCGACUUAAUAACUCAAAUCCGGAUCCUAGCCAGUUUUGGCGGAAGGGUGUCCAGAUGGUGGCCCUCAACUGGCAGCACCUUGAUGAAGGUCUAAUGAUAAACGAGGCUAUGUUUGCAAACGAGCAAGGCUGGGUGCUUAAGCCUAAUGGAUAUCGCAGUACUGAUGGGGGAACUGAAACCUAUAUUGACGCUGCACCAGAGGGUGACCUAGAUCUAACUGUCACGAUCAUCGCGGGUCAACAUAUCUGGGUGUCGGACAGGGAAAGUACAUAUGGCGAGAACGGCAAGAAUCUACGUCCCUUUGUCAAGUGCGAGCUCCAUGUUGAGCUAGGGUCAGCCCAUAGCAAAGCAGCUACUGAGUCCGACUUCGAACUCAAAACGGCACGCACUUCAACGAAGACAGGUCAUCCUGAAUGGGAUGGUGGAGCGCGAUUGAAAUUCCCGAAGGUCUCGAGGGUGAUGGAAGAGCUGAGUUUCAUCAGGUGA